CCUGAGGAUUUUUCACCAACAUCUGCUGUGUUAAGAGAAAAUGGCUUCCUGGUGUCAGACUUUGUGCUUCCUUCUCUCCACUGUUGUUGUGGUCUUGGCAACAGGAGAAAUUGAAGAAGUGUCUCCAACCAGAGAAGAUGUGCAAGAUGCCGCUCGCUAUGCUGUUGCCACAUACAACACAAUUUCUUCAAAUGAUUACGACUACAAACUACUGAAGGUUAUCGCUGCCAAGGAACAGGUGGUUGCUGGACUGAAAUACUUCUUGAAAGUGGAAGUGGGUGAAACACAGUGCAAAAAGGGCAGCAGCAAUGUGGAGUCAUGUCCUUUGACAAAUAAGACCUUCAACUGCCAGUUUGUUGUUUUCACGCAACCCUGGCGAAAUUAUAACCAGCUUUUGGAAAGCAACUGUCAGGCCAGUCAGUAAAGAACAGUAAGAGGCCAGCAAAAGGAUUCAAGUUGGGAACAAAUCUUGACAUUACUGCAGAGCUGGUGAAAUUACCACCUCAAUGAAGAAUUAUUACAUUGAAAAUGAAAAAUAAAAACUUGAGACAAUAUUGGAUGAAAUGAAAAUAAAGAUAAUUGAAUAUGAA